CGGGUGUCUUGUUGUUGGCAGAAAUGAUGGUUCGGUCUGCUGUUUUCAGCUCGGUGUACUUGAUCCAAGUGCUGCUGGAUUUGUGGUUGAGCUGAGAGAUGAAGUUGGAAUCAGCCGAUUGUGGGGCCUUAUGUCACGGGGUAAAAUGGUGAGUUUAGUACAAGACAUGGUGAUAUAUGAGCUUCAUGGGAAAAGAUUUCUGUUUGUACUUCAUCUGGAUGGGUCAGUACGAGUUUGGGAUCUCUCAUGUAAUUCCAGGGUCUUUAGUCAUACUAUGGGCACUACAACCAUGACAGGUGCUAGCUUUAUGAAACUAUGGUUGGGUCAACCUUGUUUGGAUUCAAGUACGAUUCCAGUGGCAAUUUUGUGCAAACAGUCAUUGGAUGAAAGCUUGGAGAUGAUCUCUAUACACAAUAUCCAAUACAAUUUUAGUGACAGAAUAAUUUUCUCACUGAAGUCUUCACGAAAUAUUUCUUUGGAGGAGGGAGGAUGCAUUGACGUCAAACUAACUUCCAACAAAAUAUGGAUACUGAAGGAUGAUGAACUAAUAUCACGCAUGUUUUCUGCAAAUACUGACGAGGAAGAAGAAUUUUCUCAUGUAUUACAAGAAGAGUUUGUUGCUGAUCAACUAUUUCAGGGUUCAGAUCAUCUUGCAGAUGAAAUUUUGCAGAUUGCUCAUUCAUUAUUUUCAUCUUCCAAGGAUGAUAUUGUGCCAUUUGUAUCCUCAAUUUUCUUACGCAGGUUGCUUCUUCCUGGAGUGCAUCAUAAUGCAGUUAUGCAUGCAACCCUAGUUGAGUAUAAAAAGCAGUUGGUUGAAUCUGAGUUCCAAGCAUUAACUUCUGAUGGACUAAAGAAGGAGAUACUUUCAGCUAUUGAACAUGAGGUUGGAACUGAAAAGAUGUCGAUAUUUCAAUGCUGGAAGUAUUUUUGCACCCGCUACUUCCAUAAUUGGUGCAAGAUCAAUGCAUCCUGUGGCUUGUUCAUUGAUUACUCUACUGAUGCAGUUGGUUUAAUCAGAAAAAGUUCAGUAUCGCUUUUUCGUUCUUUGGAAGAUAUUGCGGAUUAUAGAAGGAAAGAUAGAAGAGAAAUUGGAGAGGGUUGA